CAAGAGGAUGGCAUUACGGUGAUGGGUUUUGCCAAACAGCUUGUGCCCAAGACGGUCGUUGAUCUUUUGCAUUAUUAUUAUACAGUUGCGCAGGUUACUCGUAUGAAAACUGUUCAGUAAACAGAUAGCUGGGGUUAGCACUGCUACAAGGCUUAGCUUCCAAACAGUUGGCUAGUUGACCAUCUAAUCCCUUUCCGCCUCAUGAAAAUAGCAUUCCUUUCCUCGAACAUCUCCAAAUAGAGGACAGGAGUCAAUAAACCAUAAAUACCGUGGGAUACUCUUAGCAGGUUGCGUAUGCUGUCGAAAGAAUAUACACUGCAUGGUCGAUUUAGAAGGGAAGUAGUGGAAUGUGGCCUGUACUGUAAAUAUUAAUGGGCACUCAAAUCCCCUUUAGCUGCACUGCUUGCUAGCUCUCGAGCUAGCCCCAAGUGCCUUGCCACCUCGCCGACUCAAGAAUAUCCGCCGUGAAAUAUUUUUUGAAAAUAGACAGUGGCACAUGACGCCCUGACAGUGGGUAUUUGUUAGACGUGUUGGUUCGCACAGACGUUUUGGCUUAUUAACUGUAGACUGGCAGUCAAUGUAACUUUGACAGCUGAGAAGGUGCAUUGCAAGUUACAGUGUUGUUAGCUGGCAGGUUAGCAACUCGAAUAAAUAACAUUAUCGUUAGUACGAUAACUGUGCUUGGGUUGGCUGUGUGCCAAUGUCACAUAGGUGUCUGUUCAAUGUGUAGUCUGACAAGGAAUUGGGAAAUUAUGGGAACAUACUUCUUUCUGGUAUGUGCAAACCAGUGACCGCUCGCUAGCUCAAUGACAGCCAAGUUGAACGCCAUAGCUCUUGUCCCUUCAGUGGUCCCCAGGUCGCACAGGUAGCUCGAGGAGGAAGUAGAGCUAGUAGCCCGGGUCCUACGAUGGUUUAUCAAAAUGUCCUCAUAACAGUGAAGUACAUUCACCGACCUUGUGUGUAUUCAGCUGGACUCAUGGUGUUUUUUGAAUCAAUAGCCGACUUUUUCCUAAUGGAUGUGCUCAAUUAAUAAACAGAAUAGUUAAUGACGGAGAGGUCAUGUAUGAACAGGUUUUGCUGUCGUUAGAGUAGUUGCUAGAGUUUUUUAUUUUUUUCAUUUUUUAGCAUAAAUAAAGCAGAUGUGUUCUGUGCAUGUGGGUUUCUGUCUGGUGUAACGGUGUGUUUGCUAAUUCUGCAAAGCAAAAUGCAUAGGCCUACACUCAGUCCAGUUUAUCCAACAUUAGCCUAAUUAUGUUCUUCUUAAUAACAUAUAAUCUUGAAUGAUAAGCAGACAUAACUUGGGUGAUUUCAGCUUGAGUUGAACUUGAACUUCAAACAUGUUUCUGGUUUGUUUUAGGAUACUAAACUGCACCAUGUUCAUGAACUUGCGGGAGAGUAUUUUCCCAUAAAUACAAUCCUAAAUAGAGAAAAUGUCACACAGAAUGGCUGUUGUUUUGGAAACAUCACUGGCAACUGCCACAAAUCACAUUGUGUAAUUCUGAAAGAAGUAGGUCUCUGUGAAGGCUGUGGCUGGAUAGGGGAACAUUUUUAUAAUCCCACAAAAAUAAAAAUGUCCUUCAUUCGUGAUUCAGCUGACAACAGAGUGACCGUAGCCAAUAGUUUUAAAGCAUGGAGAUAGUCAAGGCAGGUUUUUUUUUAUUGCACAUUUCAACACAACAUGGUUGACUCCAAAGUGCUUCACAACAUGGAAUGGUGAGUGAUGGGAGCCUCACCCACAUUCGCUUCAGUGGCCCAUACUCUGGGAGGUACUUGGAGCCAAAAGUGAAAUGCCCCUUUAACCCCCUUUGCAUUUUGCAGAUUAUAAUCAUUCUCAUUUCUGUAAAAUUUCCACCUUAAUAAUAUGCGUGUAGGGAUGCACCAAUACCACUUUUUUGAAAACCGAUACAAGUACGAGUACAUUAAUGUGUGUACUUGCAGAUACCGAGUACCGAUAUCGAUACCUUUUACCACCAAAAUACAAUUAAAAUAAAUGCAUGGCCUUGUUUUUUUCCACCUUUGAUGUUUGUAUAGUCCAUUUCCAUGUAGAUUUGUUAGUAAAUGUAUGAGGUGGCACUUUUUUCCCAUGCUGCUUUCAAGUCCACAAAACGUGACAAGAUUUUGCAUUGUUUUGUGUAAUAGCAGUAUCGUUCCUGGUAUCGGCAAGUGCUUGACAAGUACGAGUACGAGUAUAAUGAGCAGUAUUGGGUGCCAAUACCGAUACCAGUAUCGGUAUCGGUGCAUCCCUAUAUGCGUGUAUGUGAGUGAGCUUAAGGGUAAGUUAGGUCCUAGACUAACACUCACAGGGUGAGGAAAAAGUUCCAGAAAAGAUGCAGUUUUUCAAAGAGCACGAUAAGGAAAUAAGUGCAGAGCUAAUGAUCACAAUUCUGCCCCCCUGGUUUGCAUUACAGAGGUAUCAUUGAGCAACUCCAGACCAAUGCUCCUCCUGAGUCAUAACUUCAACAUGCAGCAUGUGAGUGAAUAUGUCUAAAGCAGGUCUUGUUCUGUGUGUCAGGUUUUAGGUGAGGGCUCUUUCCUGCUGCAACCCUGCUCCAGUGGAUGACGUUGUCUCUUAGCUGAAGCCACUCACCACUCCCGGCCUCCCUAACCCCCACCCCACCCAACCCAAUCUGCACUUGGCCAUUUCAACCAUGUCGUCGUCCUCCUGCUCCUCCUCGGGGGAGACCAGCCCAGAGGAUGCACCACGUGGAGGGGGCACCAUUCGCGUCUACCUCCCAAACAAGCAGCGCACUGUGGUGACUGUGCGGCCGGGCCAGACAGUCCAUGACAGUCUCGACAAGGCCCUGAAAGUGCGUGGCCUCACGCAGGAGUGCUGCGCUGUGUUCCGCCUCUUGGAAGGCCGCAAAAGGCUGACGGAAUGGAACACUGAUAUCACCCCAUUGGUUGGGGAAGAGCUGCUAGUGGAGGUUCUCGAUGAUGUGCCAGUCGCUAUGCACAACUACGUCCGGAAAACCUUCUUUAAGUUAGCGUAUUGCGACUUCUGUCACAAGUUUCUGUUUAACGGAUUCAGAUGUCAGACAUGUGGCUAUAAGUUUCAUCAACACUGCAGCAGCAAAGUGCCCACGGUGUGUGUCGACAUGGACACCAUGACGAAACGGUUAGGUCCUCAAAGCUACCCAGACAAUAAUGACACAGAUGAAUGCCCACCUCGGAUACCUAUACUAAUGAUUCCAGACCACUCCUUAUCACAGAACGAUUUCGCCUUAACCCCCGAUCCCACCGGGCAGAGCCUCCUGUCCCCCACCUCGGCCUUCCUGUUUCCCAUGCCGGGGCCAGACGGCCAGUCCCUGCAGAGGCACCGCUCCACCUCCACGCCCAACGUCCACAUGGUCAGCACGGGGCCCGCCGGCGCCAUCAGCAUCAUAGAGGAUGCACUAAAACUCAACAGCACUAUGGGACCUGAGACCUCCCCCAAGCUCUCCACCAGCCCCCCUACUAUUGGCUCGCCUCGUCGGCCCCCCAAGUCACCCUCGGAGCACAAAGAGCGCAAACAGUCCUCAUCCGACGACAAAAAGAAAGUGCACCGUGAUCGCGGCGGCUACCGGGACUCCAGUUACUACUGGGAGGUGCAGUCUCGUGAGGUGCACAUGCUGAAGAGGAUUGGCGCGGGCUCCUUCGGGACGGUCUACAAGGGCAAGUGGCACGGGGACGUGGCCAUCAAGAUCCUCAAGGUGACGCAGCCCACGCCCGAGCAGCUGCAGGCCUUCAAGAACGAGAUGCAGGUGCUACGGAAGACGCGUCAUGUCAACAUCCUGCUGUUCAUGGGCUUCAUGACCAAGCCCAACUUUGCCAUCAUCACGCAGUGGUGCGAGGGCAGCAGUCUGUACCGCCACCUCCACGUCCUGGAGACCAAGUUCGAGACCAUGCGCCGCAUCGACGUGGCACGCCAGACAGCACAGGGCAUGGAUUAUCUACAUGCCAAGAAUAUAAUUCAUCGGGACCUGAAAUCAAACAACAUCUUUUUGCACGAAGGCUGGACGGUUAAGAUCGGCGACUUUGGUCUGGCCACGGUGAAGUCCCGCUGGAGCGGUUCUCAGCAGGUGGAGCAGCCUAGCGGAUCUAUUCUGUGGAUGGCUCCAGAGGUGAUCAGGAUGCAGGACGCCAACCCCUACACCUUCCAGUCAGAUGUCUAUGGGUACGGCGUGGUCCUCUACGAGCUCAUGUCAGGCACUCUGCCAUACUCCAACAUCAACAACCGGGAUCAGAUCCUCUUCAUGGUAGGCCGAGGAUACUUGUCACCCGACCUGAGCAAACUGUUCUGCAACUGCCCCAAGUCCAUGAAGAGGCUCAUCGUGGACUGCUUGAAGUUCAAGAGGGACGAGAGGCCCCUAUUCCCACAGAUCCUGGUGGGCAUCGAGCAGGUUCAGGACCUGCUGCCAAAAAUUGAGAGGAGUGCCUCGGAGCCCUCCCUGCACCGCGCCGUGCAUGCCGAGGACCUCAACCCGCUGCUCUUCAACACCACCAAACUGCUGCCCCUGUGAUGUGAUAAGGGGGGUGCCACCACGGCCCAGGGCACAGCUUGGGCACCCGGGGGGAUGGAGACAAGGCGAGAGAGAGAGAGAGAGAGAGAGAGAGAGUCAUAGAGAAAUGACGAAGGACAGAGAGAGAGAGACAUGGAGAGUGAUGGAAGAGGAACAGAAGGAAAGAAAGGAAAAAGGAGAACACUUCCCCUGCCUUUCUUCCAGAUGGAGGAAUGCUUUUGCUUCAGAUUCCUGUUUGUUAAGGCAUCGCCGGGGUGUUGGCCUGAAGAAACACACGCAAACACACACACACACACACACACACACACACACACACACACACACACACACACACACACACACACACACACACACUCACAUUUGAGGCAUACACACAUAAACACAGACUUUGCACAAACACGGACACUUGCACAUGCACACACACAACUAUUGCAGUUGUCAAAGGUCAUCUUGUCCAACUUCCUGGGGUUUUUGACAAAAAGGUGGGUGCUCCACUGGCCUCCAGGCUGCAGUAGAAGAACAGCAGUAGGGCUUCUCUUUGCUUGGUGUUUUGCAGAUGAAAGCAAUCGGGCCGGGUUGGGACAGGUCAGGUUGACUUGGCUCGGGACGAGCCAUCUCGUGGCACUUCCAGGAACUCGAUUGGUGGUGUUGCCGGCAUCCAGCUGCCAACAGUUGUUUCAAAGUCUUUUCAUCCCCCCGCCCCCACCUCCCUUUAUCUGUUGUUUUGGAAAGUAGCUGUGUAGAGGAAGACAGAAAUAUUUGUCUGUCUGGAAGCCCCCACUAAGACAACUUCAGGGACAAAGUCGAGUGGUUUUUUUUGUUUUGUUUUUUUGUUUCGUUUUUUUUUUUUAUGUGGUAAUCAUUUCAUUGCAGUUCCUGGCUGGUUUGCUGAAUUGGGUGUUUGUUUUGUUUUUUUGUUUUGGUCCUUCUUUUUGUUACUUUUAUACAGCAGAAUGUAAAUAUCAAGGCGAGAAUUUUAAAUGAGUCCUUUAACAUUGGCUAGGUUUUUAAUGUUGAUCAGUUUUUACAUAAUCAUGUCAUUGUGAGCUGCCGUGUUCUCUUCUUUGCUCAAAUGCACAUGUGUACGAAUCCUGACUUUUUUUCUCUCUCUCUCUUUUUUUUUUUUUUACCUCCGCCAAGGAGGUUAUGUUUUUGGUCGCGUUAAUUUUUCUGUCUGUCUGUCUGUCUGUCUGUCUGUCUGUCUGUCUGUCUGUCUGUCAGCGGGAUAACUCAAUUAGUUAUGAACGGAUUUGGAUGAAACUUUGUGGAGUUGUCGGAAUUGACAAAAGGAGCAAGUGAUUUUUAAAAAUCCUUGAUCCGGACCCACCAAAAUGUAAAGAUUCUUCACCAUUGUGAGAUAGGGCGAAUUUUGACAUUCCAGUUUCUAACUCCCCAAAAAGAAGGCAGAAAGACUUGGAAGAAAAUGGGGUGGAACACAGUCAAAUGUUCUAUCAAACAGCUUCCUUGGCGGAGGUCUGCACUCUCUGACUGCAUGUCUAGUUGAAAUAUGAAUUUGGCCAAGUGAAGCAGUUGCAUUGUUCUGAACUUGGUAUUCUUUUCUUUAUGUUUUGGGACCAAUUCCAAUCAGUUCUUGUUCCCGUUGAGGAGUUUUUACCUCAGAAGAAUACCCUACCUUUAUCUUGAUCAUGUCAUUCAGACGUAAUUGUGAUGGGGAACUAGUCUGGUUUUGAGGGAGGUGUUUUAAGAUUGCAGUGGUUAGCCUUGGCUUGCGUGAGCUCAUGGCCAUGGAUGGCGUCCUUUGUGAUUGGACAAUCUGAAACCCUUUGUCCUUUUGGCCGGGCUUGCACUCCAGCCUACAUUCAAUAAUAGACAGUGAGACUUUUGAAUGGAACCGAUGAACAGUUGAACAUCAUGUGUUGUUGUGAGUGCCUCCAAAAGAAGCAAAGUGCCCCUCCUGUGACUGGAGUGUGCAUCCUUCAGUGGCAGGUUGCACGUCUGAGGGGCUCCGAAUUGAAGGGAACUUCAUGGCACCAUCAUCUGUGGUGUGGCGUGGCGUGGUGUGACCACGUCUCCUCUGUGGAAUUAACAUUCUAACAUUCCAAUGCAUUACGAAAGAGAUUUUUUUGUUGGUUUUUUUGUUUUGUUUUUUUCACGUCUAACUUCUCCAGCCUUUUGCGGUUUCAAACUUUUAUUCAAACUUUUAUUCAUCUUUUCUGUAACUUAGUGCAAUAGAGGUGUGCGUUUCUUUCUGGCACAAUAAGGAUAGUCAAUUCUCUGUACUUGUCAUGACUCAUGAGGGCAAAAAAACUUCCUGAAUGCCAGUAGUAAUUUGAGUGUCGAAUGAGAUGAGAUUCUAUUUUCACGGCUUUGCAUGUUGUGGGGGACUCAUCAAGGUUUUUAAUCAGUUGACUGUCGCUUUUCGGUUCGUAUGUUCACAGCGUACUAUUUAAGACUGCAUGUGAUGAAGACCAAUGAAACUUUCUAGAGUAUAGUGGAAUAACAGUUAGUGGGGAAGGGAAAGCACUUGCUGUUAUGUUUGAGUCCUGUUCAAAGCGAGAAAAGCCAACUCUUUAAGACAAAUUAAGCAUUCCAUCGACCACAGUAACAGCCAUUUAUUUUUGCCAUUUUUGCUGCUUCGGUCUUUUCAAAGCGUAGUUGUGUGAGAUCUUUCCAUUGUGGGGAGGUAACGUGGUUGGGGGUAGACAGACAGACAGACACAGAGAUCAAGAUUAGCCUGACUUGCAAUGGCGUCAAACAGGUUCUGUUGAGAAGUAAAGCAGGUAUGUACGACUACCGGUCUGAGUGGCAUGUAUGCUUAACUUAUGUUUAUGCCUAUGCCAGAGAAUGCAACUUAUAACUGCUUUAUUCAAAUACACUGAAUCGAUGGUGACAGAGGUGGCUUGAAAUAGGCCCUUUGUGAGACCCUAAAGGCUUGUGUGUAACAGCACCACCUACAGGGCACACAAAGCAGUUCUGGACACAGUGUUUUGUACUGUAGUAGUUAACUGGUUCUCCAUGUUGAAUGUGGCACCUUCCCCCUGCUUUAUCUAAACACAUUUAACAGGCACUUUGAGUAACGUGCAUAAAGUCUGACCACCUUAGAAGGCAGCGUCAUGGACAGAGACCGGUUGAGACACCUUAGAAGGCAGCAUCAUGGACCUGUUGAGACACUUGUUAAAGGUGCUGUUGUUGAUUUAUUCUAAAUGACUGCUGUGUUGCUUAGACAUGGAGGUUUGUGCUGAGGGAUUUGGACGGAAUGACCUGUAAUCUUAAUACACAGACAUGGCGGUGUGGGUUUUCUCUUUUUUGACUCUAGUGGAGUCUGAACUAUUCAAAGUGCUUUCUGGUUAAUUGGCUGACUGUAGUGUGGACACGUUGUUUUGGCAUGGGGAUGGAGAGCGAGAGAGAAAGAAAACCGUUUCUAAUAUAUUUGUCAUACUCUUCCUCUUGUACUGUAUUUUGUGUGUCUUGUGGAGCAAUAAUUCUCCAGCAGCAUGAUGUUGAGAUUUCAGGCACUACCUUAUUCAUUCAAACUGCUGUACUGGUCAGUGCAGAGACCCAACUUAAUGCCUCUGUGAAAACCUGCUGCUGUGAAGGUCAUUGAAGCAACAGACCUUUUUGCAUGGUACCGGUGAUCAAACUAAGAAAGCAACCAAUUCUGUCAUUCUUGUUUUUUUAUUAUGGAAUGAAACCUAGACAAACCAAGACACAGACACACUGUGCAACUCCAUAUUGAUGUGCUACUUUUUUGUUGUCUGUAGUCCAACUGUGGAAACAUGGGCAAACUCAGGCCACAAGGGGGCACUGUUGUUAGCAUGGCCCUUUGAAAGCUUUGAUGUUUUUGAGAGGGACCAAGGGUGCGUGUGGCAUACGCAUCUGAAACCUGUGGGGUCUAACCACACGCGCUGUAUGCGUCACAUAAAUAGAUAUGUCAGCUGCAGAGCAGAGGUUGUGUUUUUUUCAUGACCGUGUUUCUGUCAUGGGCCUCAAAUAUAGAGGGAAGUAGAAGAAAAGGCAUAGUUUUUCUGUGCUUAAUUUAUUGGUCAGAAAUGUUACAGAGCACUCAACUGACACUGCGUUUAUUGUAGAAAUUGUAGAUGGUAAUCUAUGGAUUAAGAUGUAGGUUUGUAAUCAAUGGACUGUUUUGUCUUGAAAAGGGGGCUGGGUACCCUGUUUAAAAUGCUUCACUUUAGGACUGCUAUCAAACUAAUGAACUAUAAAUGACACAACUAUAUGUGGCGCAGAGCUUUUUCUGAAUUUAAGAGAGUGAAAAACUACUAUUUAAUAGCAGAAUUUAGACAACUAUAUCCAUGAAUGGUUCCAAGAUUUCAGCUGGCUGGGGAACAACAGGCUUUGUGAGAAUGGAGGUGAAAAAGAUAUGACUGUUAACCUUAUUGGGUCUCUAGGGAGUGAAGAUGGGUCGUUUCAGGAUGAGCAUUCCUCAUUACCUGUUCCACUAAUCUGAUGAACCAGCACCUUGUAAUAUACUGUACCGCAGAAAAAAAGUGAAAAGUUAGAGCCUAGAAUUUUUUUGACUGUACUUGCUUUAACACAAGGGCUUUGGCUGUGGUUCUAUUGAUGUGGCUGUCAAACCAAUCAGCAAAUACAAUGUGUGUGAGCAAUGGUGCUGACUUUGCGUGCUAUGUUUGAAUUGAAGUACUUUUGCAGUUAAUAGCCAGGCGAAUUGCCUAAUGGCUAGGGAGUCUCCUGGAAUAAGCAGGUUGCGCGUUCAAAUCCCAUGUCAUCCAUGGUGGAAGUGGCCUUGAACAAUUAAGGCCCCUAACCCAGGGAAUGUAACAAAUACCCCUGUCAUGAUUGUAUGUCACUUUUGAUAAAAGUGUCAGCUAAGUGUAGUGUAGUGUAAUGCAAACGUCCUGACCAGACUUUGCUGAAAUGAAGAGGCUCUGCAUUUACCCAAUCGCUACAGUCUACACAGGAAGAAAACAUUUCUCAAUACAGCACAGCCAGGCCCUCUGUACAGUGGGAAGUGUAGUAUAACUUGGUGUGAGACUACUUUUAUCAUUCUAUUCACACAUUUCCUCUUUUCCAACAUUGAGGCCAUGUUGUUGUUUGUACAGUUUAGGGAAGAUUAGAGUCUUGGGUGGAAUUCAAAGUCCAAGUGGCUUGUAGAAAAGGGAAGACAGCCAUGUUUUGUUUGUUUUUGCAUGAUGGCACCUAAAACAAAACCCAUAAGCACAAAAAUCGAACUGCUAAUAUCAUACAUCUUGCACGUGUAUACUGUAGAGUACUGUAUAGUGUUUUUAUAUACUGUAUCAGCAUCGCAUCGCAAUAAAGGGCACAAUUAGAUCAGACCUGGGCCAAGCAGAUAAAAUAGAAACCAGUCAAAUGAUGUGAUGUACAAAAAAAUGUGUUCCUUUUUAAAAGGUGGUUUUCAGUGUUGAGUGCGAUGAGAAAAGCAAUACAUCAUGUGUUUUUUUUUCCAGAUCUGUGUUGAAAAAAACGAUGCAUUACUUUGAUUCUGCCAUAUGACCUUAACAUCUAUAAUAGACUAUUGAAGAGCUUCCAAAUAAAUUAAAUUCCUCUUUGAAAUAUAUACUGCACCAGGCAUGUAAAAUCCAAGGAUUUUAGAGGGCAAAUCCUGACUCGGUUGACACUUUAUUUUUUUUCUUUUCUUUUGUUUCUUUUCUUUCAUUUUGAGCAGAGAAGAGAGUUGAUCGGUCAAUUAAUGUGUUGACAUUAGUGAAUUUAGGCAACAGUCAUUUUUUUGUGUAUAGUUUUUAAAAGAUUUUUCCGGGGUGUUCUGUGUGGAAUAGCGGUUGUACUCUGCUGUGUACAGUUACAUUUUUUUUUUUUUAAAUUACAAAAUUGUACUUGUUUCUAUUUUUUGUGUGACGGUUUAAGAAAAAAAGAACAAAAUUAUUUUAAAAAUGUAAAGGAAAUCUUAGUAUUUUUUUAGGGUUUUUUGUCUUAAGAUGGAGGCAGGAUUUUAUUCUUGAAAUAAAACCGUGGAUUGCUGAUGUA